UCUGUUUUAAAGGUGUUCAGCCAGAGAAGAAAUACAAAGUUCCUAUUUCCAACGCACAGAGGUGUCUCUUCACGUGUCGAUCAUUUAUAGACACGCAGUUCUUGAGUACGACGGAAAGGACAGCACAACUGAAAACCCAAAUAUUAUUAAGGAACAUUUCUUUGUAGUUAGUAAUGAUGAUAAGCACGAUCAUCAUUUUGUCCAUGAAGUCCAAAAUCAGAUAGAAGAAUACUUGAAUUCCAUAUCCUAUAAUGUGUCAACAAUACACGAAUAUACUGAUGGUUGCCAAUGUCAAUAUAAAUCAAGGCACUGUAUGGGUGAUGUGUCAAAUGGACAGCAAGAUUUUGGAUACGACAGACUUAUAAGGAAUUAUUUUGAGACUUCACACGCUAAAGGCCCUCAAGAUGCUGCGGGUGGAUAUGUUAAAAGACAAGCUAACUUAGCGAUUUUAAGGAGGAAAGCAACAAUUCAAAAAGCUCAUGAUUUUUAUAAAUUUGCAAAUGAAAACCUACAGGAAACUAGAGAUUCGUCAGUUUGUUUAAGGCGUGUUUUCAGAUUCAUAGACAACAUAGAUCGGAAUCGCGACAGGUACUUUAAGUCCAUACCUCAGAACAGAAAUAUUCAUCAAAUCAUUUCAGAACGAGAAGGCUUACUUUCGGGAAAAAAUUUGUCAUGCUACAGCUGUGAUAGCUGCUUGCUCAACAUGGCUCAUUCCUGUCAACAUACAGAACCUGUCGGCUUAGUAAAAAAUAUACAAACAGAAAAGGAACGCGGGUGUGCAAUUGUUGAAGAUAUCUCCCCAGAUGACGAUUUUGAGGUAGUUGAUAUGAUCCGAAAAGGAAGUUUAGUUGCCUUAUAUACAGACGAUGAAGGAGAAGACUUUUAUCUAAUGAAGGCAGGAUCAUGUCAAGAAAAACUGAAAAGUUCGGACUCCGUAAUUGAUUUGUCCUUGGCCAUUCACGAAGAAAUAAUUGGACUGGCAGAGCAAAGCAGUUUAUAACAGACUAUUCGGAAUAAAAUUGAACG